AUAAUAAUUAUCAUUAAUGGAUCGUGGACAUCGUUCGAAGAAGAAAUCUCUGAAAGACGAUAAAAUUAAGAAGGAUUCGUCACUAACUCUUGGAAGCCGCGACCAGGCUGUACCGGAAGCGAAGGAACAUUACCUCUUCCUUCUCGAAUUCUUCAUCCACCAGUUGACCAGCGAACGUUUAGCGAAGCUUAAUCAAAUGUUCUUCGUGCCGACCACGAUCUCCGUGGAAUUUCUGAACUUCAAGAACGAAGAUGGCAUCGAAAUCACCCCGGUCGACCCGAUGUUCCAGCCUCAAGCUGGAGUCGCCGACGACGUCGAGUAUUUUUAUUCGGGACGAUCCGUCUUAUUCGCGAUCGAUCAAUACACGGUUGUCAAUAAGAUGCUGGAGUUGGUGAUCGAUCUCUGUGUACGGAAAUCGAUGCCGGAAGGAGUGAAACCGGACGUGUUGGUCGGCAAAGGUGAAUUGGACAUGUCGAAGCACUUCGCCGCGCUUAGGAAGGAGAUGCUCCAAUGUUGGCACAAAAUGGUGCCACCGCCGAGGGUGUUCGAGGGCGAGGUACCCUUGAUGUACAACGAGGAGGAGAUCGGGGCCGCGUGCAUGUUCGUAAGGAUCUCCGCUUUCGGUCAGACGAUCGUGACCGAGUUCGACGCGCCUCCCGAGCGUACCGUCUCCUCGUACGUCUUCAAAGGGGACGCGUCCGACCGGAAGUCGCCGGUUUACAAAUGCCGGAUCGUCGACUCGCAGAUCGCCGAUGUUUGCAGAGACUCGAAGGACGAGCUGUUCGCCGGUGGUCCUCCCUGCCGCGUCUGCGUGAAGGAGCAGCAUCCUUGCACACCGUGCGGUGAUCCUUGCGGAGCGACGCUGAAGCCGAACGUCAGCCCCAGCAGACAAUUCGAAUCGGAACCGCGUUCGAGGCCGGUCUCGGGUACGGGAUCGAAGCCGGACUGCAAACAGGCCGGUUUGAUCCAAUCGAGCCGCGGACCGGCGCAACCGUGCGGAAAGGCGGUCGUUCUGAAGGUGUCCGGCAUUCUGGACACCGGUAAAGACAAGAAGCCCACGGUCACCGUGGCGCCUGAAUGCGAGGCCACCGAUCCCCACUCCGUCGACCCUGACCAUGACAUCUUCGUGCUGAGGAUCGGGAAGAAAGGCAUCGUCGGAGCUGGUGAAAAGUCGGAUAUACAAUUGGAAAUGAAAACGCCCAAGGGACCCGAAAGGGGACCGCCGAUCAGGUACGAGACCCGGGAAAUGCAGACCGACGAAAGCAAAGGAAAGAAGAAGAAGAAGAAAAAGAAGAACUAAUCGGGUUCUUCGAAUGAUUUUCAUUGAAAUUUAUGUUCUAUCUUGCAACUGCUUUGUUGAAUAAAAAUAUUUUGAUAACAGCUUAUGUUUGGAAUUUAAAACAAAUUUUUAUGAUUUCGCGUAUUUUGACAGUGCCCUCUAGUUUACUUUUGACUUUUGAAACUUUUUAAAUUGUUGGUUAAUCAGUCUCUAAAUCGAUGGUUAAUAUAUAAAUAUCCUCCGUAUUCUUUAUGAAGGAUACUUAGAAACCGAUCAUGAAAAGUAUCUUCCAAAUCUAGUGAAAUUUUGUCCGACAAAAAUGGGUGAAGAACAACAGCUUUUCUUAGUCGAAUUUUUAGUCGAGAAGGUUAAGAUUCCAGUGAUAAGGGCGAUGCAAGACGAGUUGUUGCCAGCGUGUACCUGUGUCUCUUUCCAAGUAAAUUACACUUACAUUUCAUUCCUGGCACCUCUGAUGAUAUCGCGAAUUCCAGAUCCUCGGUUUGCCACCCGUCAACAUUUG